CUUACUUUUUUUGUGCUAACCUAUAAAUAUAAUUUUGCAACAAUGAGCGAAGAUAAAACUAAACAAAUUAUAACAUUGCAUAAAUAUAAAACUGAAUUUAACGCCGAUUCAGUUGAAUGGUGCCCGCAUAAACCGUACCAGCAUUUCUUUGUCUGCGCAAACUAUCAACUUACAGAAACGCAAGAGCGGAUCGGACGAAUACUAUUAUUUUCGAUUACUCCGGCAAAUGAAUUACAGCUAUGCCAAACAGUGAAUACCUCCGCUGUUCUCGAUCAGAAAUGGUGCCUUCACUGCCCAAUUUUGACUGUAGUUAAUGCAGCAAGUGCAAUUGAAGUUUAUAAAUUUGAGAAUGAGCGUUUAAUGUUAAUUACUACGUGCACUGUACCGUGCGAAGCACUGAUUUUGUCGGUAGAUUGGACGAAAGAGCAUGAAAUGAUCUGUAGCGAUUCGAAGGGUAAUUGGCAUAAGUUGGAGCUUUGCGAAAACAACUUGGUUUUGCAAAAUACAGCUAAAGCGCACGACUUUGAAGCGUGGAUUGCAGCAUUUUACUCGUGGAACACGGCUGUGUUUUAUACAGGAGGAGACGAUGCUUUGUUAUUAACUUUUGAUACACGCAUUGGCACGGCACCGGUGAACAAGAACAGAGUUCAUCAAGCUGGGGUAACAAGUGUGCACUCGAACAUCAAUAAAGAGUUCCAAAUAGCGACUGGCAGUUAUGAUGAAAAUGUGCGACUUUGGGAUGUGCGCAAUAUGAAAGUAGAGGAAUGUUUGACUAAGAUGCCAGGGCCAGUCUGGCGAUUAAAGUGGGAUCCGUUUAAUUCAAAGUCUCUGCUUAGUGCGUGUAUGUUAGGCGGAGCACACGUCCUUGGAGACGGUUUGGACAUUGUUUGUAGUUUCUAUGAACACGAAAGCAUGGUGUAUGGAGUAGAUUGGUGUCACUUAGGGGGUGAUGACAGAAUUAUCGGUACUUGCUCUUUCUAUGAUUCCUUGUUAUGUAUUUCAAAGUUACCUAAAGAAAAUAAAGAGGAAAAUUUAUGA